UUUAAAGAUGAACAAAAAUCUAUUUUUGAUUCUUCUGAUACCUUUGCUAGUAGUAGCUGAAGAAUAUGAAGCAAUCACAGUUGGAAUGAAGGCUUCUUAUACCAAGAAAGUAUUAGAGCAGAUUGUUAUUGACACUCCUAUUGAUAUCAAUAUUGAUAAGGCAAAGCAUGGAAAAUUAUUGAUGAGCUCAGUAAACUUAACAAUAGAUCCUCCAUAUUCUGAUGGUGUAGAGACGUAUUUUAAUAAGAAGAAUAACUCCAUUACAAUUGAGAUGAAAAACCAGAAAUUUAUGUUCGAAUCUUCGAUAACAAUCAAAAAGGCUUUAUUUAAAAUUAAUGGAAGAGCUAAAACUACUGGAAUAAUUGAUAAAAUUACCUUAUCCUUUGGCUUGACCACUCAAGAAGGCCAAUACACCAAUGGUCCUGCCAUAUAUAUCAAAGAUAUAGAUGUCAAGCUUAACCAGAAAGGGUGGGAAAUUAAUCUAUCAACAAAGUGGCUUGAUUUCAUGAUGAAACCUCUCUAUAAAUUAAUAAAAAAAUUAGUUAUAAAAUCCGUAUCCAAACUUAUUGAAGAUAAGAUAAAAGAGAGUACCUUUCAGCAAAUACAUGAAGAAUUAACAAGAGUCAGUGGAAGGUUCAUGAUUGAUGAUGGCGUAUUAGUUGACCAUGAUGCUCUUGAUGCUAUUCACUUUAAAGAUGGCGCUGUUAAUAUUCCUUACGAAGUUACUUACUAUCUUCCUCAAGACUCAGAAGCUGCCGAGAAAGAGACAGAAGUAUGUGAAUCAGAUUGCGAGAAUGAGCAGGAUUCUGAGGCAAAACUUGAACAAGAAUCUGAAAAGACUUAUAAGAAGAUCAACAAAUUCUUCUUGAUAGAACAAUGUAUAGAAAACAAUCAAUCUGCUAAAUUUUGCUUUGGACGCGCUAAUCCUGAGCAACAAGUUGAGCAUUUUGAUGGUGAUUUCUCAAGGAUCAAAAAAUAUUUCUUGCCUGCUCUCACAUUAAUUUAUAACAAUGCUGCAAUGGUUUUUGAAGGUGAAGAGUAAAAGGAAUUCAUUGACUGUCCUAAUGGCAAUAUAGAAUCCUUCCUCUAUCCAGAGAUUAUACUUGCACUAAGUAUAUUCGGAGAAAGGAAGCCAAGAAUAAAUUGCUAUUAAUCCAAGAAUUUCCUUGAAUAAUGGUCUGCUAAGUGGGUUUAUCUGUUUUUCUUCACAUCUUCCUAAAUAUCUUUUA